CUCCCUCUUCCUGAGUGACUUUUCCACUUCUGCAGCAGCAGUGAAACGCCUUUACAGCUGAGUGGAUUUAAUCAGGCUCGGAUCUGAUCGGCAGACCCGGAUCAGGAUCCAGCAGAGCCACAGUUUGGACUGAACCAGGCGUCCACGCAGCAACUUGUGUGAAAGUGAGGAGUAGAGAGUGGGACGCUCACCAGCGCGGUUCUCUGUCCCCCUCCCCGCCCCUCUCACGGACUUAUCUCCCCAACAGGACGGGGGCCGGGUGUUUUUAAGGGAUACCGCUCAGGCUAAAACAAACACACCCUCCCCAGCAGCAUCCUGAGGAGUCUCAGUCACUUCCACUGAGAGGGAGCAACAGGUUGAGAAGGAAGGAGAGAGAGAAGCUCACCAUGCCGAGCAAAAGCCAGUAUCUGCGCCCCCGGCUCUGCACGCUGCACAAGGGGGACAACGGCUACGGCUUCCACCUCCACGGGGAGAAGGGGAAGACGGGCCAGUUCAUCCGCCUGGUGGAGCCCGACAGUCCGGCCGAGUCGUCGGGGCUCUGCGCCGGAGACCGGCUGGUGUUCGUGAACGGCGACGAGGUGGAGAGCGAGAGCCACCAGCAGGUCGUGUCCCGGAUACGAGCCACCGCGGGCCCGCUGGAGCUCAUAGUGGUGGACCCGGAGACGGAGCAGCUGCUGAAGAAGCACAACUUGAAGUGUUUGAAGGAGUACGUCUCCGAGGGUCUCCCCUUACCUCUAGAGGAGGAGGAGGAGGAAGGCGAGGAGGUGGCGGUGGAAGAGGAGAAGGAGGCUGAGGAGGAGGAGGAGGGAGUGGUGGAGGAGGAGGACACGGAGGCAGACGGGACAGAAAACGGGGAUGUGAAGGUGGCAGAGGUGGAAAAUGAGGUGGAGGUGGCUGAGCAGGAGCAGGAACCGGAGGAGACACCCAGGGAGCUCACUCCGGUCCCGGUGGUACCGGACAGGAACGGAGAAGUCCAUCAACAGGUGGAGAAGAAGCUGAGCAUCAGCUCCGAGAAGGAGGAGCGCGCCGAGCUGCGGCCGCGUCUCUGCGUGAUCCAGCGCGGGUCUAACGGAUAUGGCUUCAACCUGCACAGCGAGCGGGCGCGACCGGGCCAGUACAUCAGAGCGGUGGAUGACGACUCUCCAGCCGAGAGGGCCGGCCUGCAGCCGAAGGACAGGAUAGUAGAGGUGAACAGUGUCUCUGUGGAGGGGAAGACGCAUUCAGAGGUGGUCGGCGCCAUUAAAGCGGGCGGAGACGUGACCCGGCUGCUCGUGGUGGACCCCGACACCGACGCCUUCUUCAAGAGAUGCAGGGUGACCCCCACCUUGGAGCACUUAACUGGUCCACUUCCAGAGCCAGUCAUUAAUGGAGAAACAGAAGAGAAGGUGAAUGGCAGAGUACCCAAAGAGAGAGAGAGAGAGAGGAACUCGAAACUCUCCGUCAGUCCUUCUCCGUCCAACGCGUCGUCCAACGCCUCUCUCACAACCCCGUCUGCACACACCCCACCUGAGGGUCUGGUCACAAAUGCCAUCCCAGGUCUCAACCUCACGCUGCAGCAGGUCAAAGAGCUCACCCACCAGAAACGCUCCAACAAGAGAGCACCGCCCAUGGACUGGACCAAGAAAAACGAGCUCUUCAGCAACCUAUAGGACACCUGCGUUCACCCGAAGCCACACUUUUAAUUUUAGAAAAUCUUUCCUAGAGAUGUCAGAGAGAGGUAUUUUAUUAUGAUGGUGUUCUACAGAUAAACACAUCAUAGGAAGUUAAUGCUGUUCUAUAAAAUAUAGCAUUCCUCUAGGUAUUAUUCCUCAUGUUAUUAUAAACCGUAUAUAAUACUGUUUAUUUUUAUGUGCUUCUAACCAGAAGAAAUAUAUAUGCCAAUGAAACAGAGACCUAUAUUCUGGUCAGGUUGGAGUAGACAGUUGUCUCUUUCUGUUUUGAUUUCUGAGUGUGUGUCUGACCAAGCGUGUGUGUUAGGCACAUGAGGAAAUGUGAAGGAGUUGCAUAUUUUAACACUGAACUUUUUAUUGUCAAAACAGCCACAUGACUACCGCCUGACAAUCAGUCAAUUAAUAUAAAGUUUUUUCUAAGUUACUCCCAUGUCUUUCAGUUCUGAAGUGAAUAAAUCACUGAAAGAGUUUAUUGUUUUCCCCUAGAAUCUACUUUCUAACUGUGUAUCCUUUUUAUGCUUAAACCCUAUUUGGUAUUUUAUAAAUAAUUAAAUCACCUCUGACCAACUUCCACAUCCCUACUGAAGAAAAGCACAGCAUGAUGCUGCCGCCAUGUUUUCAUGCGUUCAUUUUCAGCUACGUGUAAAAUUCAAAACCUUGGAAAAAUGCUCUCUAACACAUGAUACAGUCAUUUGUAUUGACUCAUCUGGAGUCGAUAGAAAAUUAACAUUUUGUAUUGCAACUAAAAACAGAUAUUUUAUUUUCACCUGCCUCUCAGGGUUUCCAUAGUUUGUCCUUCUUGUCUUUUUUGAGUUUAUAUAUCAUUUUAACCUAAAUCCCUAUUAGAUAUCCUUAAUUAUUCAAUAAGAUAAGCAUUGCUGCUUUGUUAUAAAAUUGUUUUGAUGUGAUCCAGCUUUUUGGGGGGGGGAGAAAGACAGCUUAAAACAGGAAAUAACUAUAUUUUAAUUUGCAUUAUUGUUUAAUAUAUGUAUGUAUAUAUUUCUUUUAUUAUAUAUGUUUUUAGGCUUAUGACUGAAAUUCCACUGAUUUUUAUCCAGCCAUAACAAAUGUGUACUUUACUGAGCGUGUGAGCCAUGGUGGAAACCUUUACCGCCCCCUUGUGGCCAUCGCUGUAACUGCUUAUGGCUCAAAUAAAUGUUAGAGGUUUUUAUUCCUUCGGGAGAAAUGAAAAUGUGAGGUGUGUGUUAAAAACUGUAAAACUGUGUCAUUUCGAACAUCAUAUGGGCUUUCUGUCCCUGAGUAGAUUUCAUCAGUAGUAGUAACUGCUGUCGAGAUGAGUGGAGACAAAGACCGAAUCUAUGGAAAGCUUUUUGUACUUUGUGGAAGCAAUAAGGAUUUUCAGAUCUGUAGUGUGUCUGUCAUGAUAGCAAUAUUGUGUUAUCUGAGGAUAAAUAAAAAAUAUUCUCAAAUCUAUGUUUUGAGAAUUUUCUGGACCCCAUAGAGUUUCUUACAGAAGUUUUUAAACUCACACUGUCACAUUACAACACUAAGUACAGCAUAUUUAUGUUUCACAUAACAUAAAUAUUUCCAAAUAAAAAUCUGAAAAGUG